AUGGAGCCCGAAACGGCUCAAUCCGAAACGCCAAUCAUUCUUUGGCUUCAAGGCGGCCCCGGUUGUUCCAGCAUGAUCGGGAAUUUCUACGAACUCGGCCCUUAUCGAAUUACCGAAUCGCUCGAUAUCGAGCCCAACCCCGCUCCCUGGAACCGUCGCUACGGUGUCCUCUUUAUAGACAACCCCGUUGGUACGGGUUUUAGCGUGGCUCCUUCAGAUGCGGAUAUUCCUCUGGAUCAGGAUGACGUGGCUAGGGAUCUGUACACCGCGCUCCGAUCAUUCUUCGACCUUUUCCCGCCGUUUCGCCAGAGGCCGUUCUUUCUGGCAGGGGAGAGUUACGCUGGAAAGUAUGUCCCCGCUUUAGGCUCCCUGCUUGUUGGGAAACUGGACAUGGCGCAGCAGCAGUUACGACAGCGUCUGAAAUUCAAACGCGACGGCGAGGGCGGAUACAGGCAUCCGUUCCGGCUGGAUGGGGUUAUUAUCGGUAACGGGUUGACGCAUCCGCGUACGCAGGUGCAGGCGCAUGCUGAUAUCGCGUACAGCGCUGGGUUGCUGGAUCAGCAGCAGCGGGAUAGGGCCAAGGAGUGGGCGAAUCGCGUAGUGGCGCGUAUUGAUAAGGAGGAAUGGCAGGAGGCUUUUCAAGAGCGGACGAACCUCGUCAACUGGAUUCAGGGGGGAAAAGAGGGCGGGUGUAGCGGAGUUUUUAUUAUAUUCCCACCCCCAUCCCCGCUCCCCGUUCCCCUCGUUGGUGCCCUCCCUCUCACCCCUCAUUCACAGAACGUGAGUGGCAUUGCAACGCCCUUGGACAUCCGAAGAAACCGCGCCUACCACCACAACAAGGACAAGCAGGAAUACCUCGCUCUAUACCUCAACCGCCCGGAGAUUAAAGACGUCCUUAAAGCCGACGCGGUGACCACCUGGGUUUCCUGCAGCCCUCGCGUGCGCAAGCAUAUGUCUAACGACACUAUGAAAUCUACUAUGCAUCUAGUAGAAGGCCUCUUAAACCGCGUCCCGAUGCUGCUAUAUCAGGGGAUAUACGACAUUAAAGACGGCGCCGCGUGCUCACUGGAGUGGAUGGGGGAGUUGCAGUGGAAGGGUAUGGAGCGGUUCUGGGCGGUGGAGAGGCAAUUGUGGGAGGUGGAGGGGGAGGUGGCGGGGUACUGGCGGGAGCAUGACAUGUUGACUCAUGUGGUGCUGCAUGGGGCGGGGCAUGAAGUGCCUGCUGACCAGCCUCUGAACUCGCAGCGCAUGAUAGAAACGUGGAUGAGCAAGCAGGUUGCCACGGCCAGGAAACUCGAGUUUGUAAUGGGGGAGGUGUUAUCUGAUGGCGAUCACGACGAGGCGCAAGGGGAGGGUGCGGAGGAGGUGACGGGGGAGGAGGAGGAGGGGGGAAAGGGAGGGGAUGAUUACGCAGGGGCAAUGAUGGCGGAUAUCAUGUCGGGGUUUGUAGAGGAGAUGGAGAAGAGAGGGGUGGAUUGGAGCAAAGUGGGUCCCAAUGGGGAGGGGUUUGAGUUUGAGGGUUUUGAACCCGAGUGGUUUGAACAUCUGAACAGUGAGAUGGUGGAGGGGGAAGGAGGGGGGGACGGGGGUGAGGAGGGUGAGGGGGAGGACGAGGGGGGAGAGGGUGGGGAAGAGAGUGAUGCGAUGGAGGGGGUAGAGGGGGUGGAGGGGGAGGGGGAGGUAGGGGUGGAUGGGGAAGGGGGGGUAGGGGUGGAGGGGGAGGGGGAAGUGGAGCUGGAAGGGGUGAAGGCGAGCGAAGAGGAAGUGCGGGAUUUGUGA